AUGGCGUACGCACAGCCGGGAGGUAAGAGGCAGAAGGUGAGGGAAGCUCGCGGUUCUGAUAAUGUUGACUAUUUUCAAGGCAUAGAGAAAAUAGAUUAUAAUAAUAUGACGACCGCAACGGAUGUUCACAGCUUCCGGUACUAUAAUUGUAGUGAACGGGUUCACUCCCGGAGUAUGGAGGACUGGCUCAAGUAUAGUGUGUCGCUAACAGAGUUCAGGAGUAAUGGAUCGGACAGUCAGGGCAGACCAACAUUCAAUCGUUCAUGGGACGAUCAUUCGAAUACUAUGGACAAUCACAAACGCUGUAUUAAAGCCUUCUACGAUUUUUGCACUAAGCUAGGUGUCAAGUACUGGACCGCUUUUGAUACAGAUUUAGUACCUCAGACAGAUAGUUGGGAGGAAAAUAAAUCGAAUUGGGAUGAAAUCGUUGAAUUCAUAAACGAAAGUUCACAGAGGAGCCAAAUGAAAUUAUUGUGGCUAGCACCUGAUCUACACUCGCAUCCUAGGUAUUCUACCGGUGCUUUCACAAGCAAUGAGGCCUCAACAUUUGUACAAGCUGCGACACAGAUAAAAAAAUGUGUUGAAAUGUCCCAACGUUUAAAUGCCGAGUGUUUUCUUCUCUGGCCUUACCGAGAAGGCUAUGAUGCGAUCUUCCAAACCGAUGUUGCCAGAGAAAUAAAAUUAUUUGCAAAACUAUUAAAAAUAACCGCUGAAUAUAAAGAAAGAUUAAAUUUUAGAUGUCAAUUACUUAUUAUGCCGUAUUUUAGCAAUUUUAGUAGGAGAUACAGUGAUUUUGGUUUAGCAUGGCAACCCCAAAAUUGGGAUGGAGAUAUUUUGAAUAGGUAUAUGUGGGAUGUUACCAGCUGUUUGUACUUUUUGAAAAAUCACAAUUUAGACAAAUAUUAUAAAGUGUGUACUCCUCCUGGACACCACAUGUAUAUGGCUGGCGUGUACAAUAUGUUCGGCGGUGUAACUGUUACGAAUCGAUUCGAUUAUUCCGAUAUCAAAACAACUACUUUAAUGAUGAAAUGUAUAAUUGAUCAAGGAUCAUCACCUGUGGGGGGUAUAAAUCUGAGAAUAAUACCCAAGAGGGACAGUGAUCUACGCGAUCUAUUUACCUCGUAUAUAAAGUAUAUGGAUGCGUUCGCAAGAGGAUUGCGGAUCGCUUGCAAUGUAGUUGCCGAACAAGUAUUUUCAAAACAUAUACAGCAACGCUACUCUUCGUAUUAUAGCGGGUUCGGAUCUCGUGUUGUGAGCGGUGACGUCACCAUUGAGGAAUGCGAAGAAUUUUACAAGAAAAGUCAAGGUCAUGAGGUAUCCUGCACAAAAGUUGAGCAUUACAACAUGGUGUUUCAGCGUUACCUGGAUACUUGCGACCAUAUU